AUGUUACAUCAUUUGAUGGUGGGGACAUGGACCCCACCAGGAGCUAUUUUCACUUUCCAAUUCGACGAUGAAGCCUUGACUCUAAAGAUGAUCAAGAGGACUACAAUUCCAGAAGACGAGCCAAUUUCAUGGAUAACAUUUGAUGCAACUGCGAUGAAGAAGUGGUCCAGUUUCACUGUCAAAAGUCCAACUGAGAUUAUCCACAAUGCUUCACAUCCAAUGGGUCAUGAUCCAAAGGCUGCAAGUUCGGAGACAAAUACAAGAGCCAUCUUUGUACUCGCAGCAAACAAACCCCCUUUCAAUGUUUACGGAAACCCAUUCUAUGAUCAUGCUGGCUGGGGUAAUGUCUUCUCAGUCAACCAAGACGGAGCGCUGGAGAAAUGUGUACAGAACUAUGAGUAUAUGCCCAAGACUGGGAUCCAUGGUAUGGUGUUUGAUGCCAGCGAGGAAUAUCUCUACUCUGCAGAUCUAAGGGGCAACAAAGUAUGGACACACAAGAGGGAUCCAGAGACGGGUCACCUGGCUCUAGUUGGAUGUUUGGAAGCCCCGGAUCCAUUAGAUCAUCCUCGAUGGGUGGCUAUACAUCCGAGCGGAGCUUAUUUGUACGUUUUGAUGGAGGCAGGGAACAGACUGGCUGUCUAUGUCAUUGAUGAGCAAAGUAUCCCAAAUCCAGGUGGCAAACUAUAUCGCUCAGAUGUUGUGUUUCUCUCCCAAAGUGGGAAAUACCUCUUUGCCACAUCCCGAGCCAACAAGUUCGACCUGACUGGCUACAUUGCGGCUUUUGCCUUGGGACCAGCUGGGAAUAUUGAAAGACAAAUAUGUCUUAAUCCUACACCAACAAGCGGAGGGCAUUCGAACGCUGUCAGCCCUUGUCCUUGGAGUGAUGAGUAUCUGGCAUUGACGGAUGAUCAGGAAGGCUGGUUGGAAAUUUACAGGUGGAAGGAUGAAUUCUUGGGAAGAGUUGCCCAUUGUGAUGUGAAAGAACCUGGAUUUGGGAUGAAUGCAAUUUGGUACGAUUGA